GUCGAACCGUGCUUCAGUCGGCCGGCGAACUCGCGUGCCGAGCCUUCGUCCCGGUGACGUUCCUCGUCGUCGACGGCGACAACUGCAUCCUGUACUUCGAUCAGUUAGCCGACACGAUGCAAACGACGUUCCCUCGACGAGGACGCACAUUUUUUCACGCCUUUCGGGUAUCGUAAAGUUCGCGUCAACGUCGCGUCGCUGCCCGCGAUUCAUUCGUUCGUAAAGACAGUUUCGUUUAAAAGUUUCCUUGCGAAGUAGAAACGAUCGUUCGUACGCUCGAUUUUGUCAAUCACCGGUAGACGUUCGAACAGAGAUCGCAUUUCCGAUCAUGAGGAUGCCUGACGAAAGGGUGACCAAGACUACGACAGAUUAAAUAUGACUAUCGUCGACGAAAGCACGAAGGAUUCUACACCGGAUCACACGAAAACUUUAUCAGUGUACAGUGGGUAAAGUGACGUUCGAUGGAGUGUAUGUGUAGUGCGUAGAACUUAGCAAACGAAGAACCCUCGAAAUCGUUACCACUCGAACUCGUUGCAACGUCUGGAAAGCGCCAGGAAAGAAAAUCCAUUAACUUCUUCUGUAUUCGGUUCUCGGUGAGAUCCGUUCAAUUUCCUUCAUUAAUAACCCAGAGAGUGUCCGGUGGCCGAAGUUCCGUGAAACUUUUUCCGCGAUGUACGAUCCUACGCUCGCGAUCCAUUAAAGUCCAUUAAGCGUCUGCUCGUGGCACGGCCGGAAGUUGGAAAAAUCUCCGCGGAGACUUGCUGGCAAUUCUCUUCGCAAGAAACAUCGACACAUUCAUAUCCGAACGUAUUUGUCGUAUCCUUACGCAGAGAUCCAUCGUUGGCAUGUGUAUACAAACCGGUGGGAAAUAUUACGUGGCAGAAUUCGGUGAGCUUUAUGAGCGGGAUGGGUCGAUAGCAGACUCUGAUAGCUAUCGUUUAGCCGAUGGUAUUGUUCGGCAGAGAUAUCGCCUUCGACUAUGAGAUCCUAAGGAAAUCGAAAGAGGGAAUCGAAUGGCCUGUCUCAGCUACCGUGUAAUCCAACGUUAACGAGGAAAGGAAAGUAAGGGUCCUGCAGGAUCGGUGAAACGUGUCUGUCAGUGAAAGGACCGGUAGCGGGUCUUUUAUUUUUCGCCGACUUCGUCCUUGGAGAGUGAAGUGUCGUAGAAACGAGAGGGGAGGAUUACAAAAGAAGAAGGACAACGCGUGUUAAUUAAAGAGCGGCAGAGACCAGAGAGAAACGAACAGCCAGCCUGACAGUGGCCGCGGGUAGAAGAGGACAAAGCCGCGUAAGGAGCUCUGCCCGUGGACAGCUCUGGCAUUCUCUGUAACUCACCCCCACUAACACCUACGCUUCGCCCAACAACGAAAGCGCGUUAAUCGCGUCCGAAAUGACUUCCACGUCGAUGUAACGAAAAGGGAUUUAGAACGAGUCGCGCGCGAAUCGUAAUCGGUCGAGCAACACGAGCGGUCGUCGCGGUCGUUCGUCGCUCGAGAUCGAACAUGCGAAUUUCUGAAAAUGCGCAGGACGAGCAGCAACGGUUUGAAGCUCGACCUGACGGAGAACACACCAGGUAGCUCGUUAUCGAGGCUGCCUAAUUUAGUCGAGCAUGCGGAGACCUGCCAGGCAUUGUCCACCGGAACCGGUGAGAAUUUAAGUAGCAAACUGCCAAACGUGGUCGAAGGCUCGAUGGACUAUGGUAGCGAGCGUAGAUCCUCCCGGUACCUCGAGUACCAAGACUCUAAACCGUAUCAGGAUGGCCAGUCGGCAUCGGGGUUGCCCCCGUAUGAGCAGGGCUACCACGAUCAGUCGAGCAGGGGCUACAGAAGCUACGAGCGAAAGCCGUACGACAGGGAGGAUAUUGACCGAUACGAUAACAGAAUUUAUCCAGAGGAUAACCUGAGGUACGAUCGUCGGGGGGAUCAGAGAACGUAUCAGGAAUCAGACUUGGACGCGCCGUACGAGAGGAGCGAUGCCCAGAAGCUCAGCAGGACUUAUCCUACGGAACUUCAAGAGGCAGGUGGUAGGCGAUACUCGAGAGAUUUAACAGAUUACGAGUACGCGUCUAGAUACGCGGAAGAAACGUUGAAGCUCGAGCCGAAGAAAGAUCACCAUCACCAUCAUCAUUCGGGCAAAGUGUACGAGCCGACUCCGUCGAAGGGCUAUGAAUCCGGGGUGAAAACGCACGAUUCUGCUUACGAGUUGUCUUGUGCCGCGCAGCAAGACCUUUCUGGCAGAAAAUACGAAAGUAAAUAUCACUCUGUCAGUAAGAUGUACGGGACACUGCCGCGAUACGAAACGGGUAAAUCGUACGAGCCUAGAUCGUACGAGUACGAAGAACAGGCUUACGAAACCGGUGGCAAGCCGUACGACUCGAAAUACGAGUUGACCAGCUCGAAGAGUUACGAGAGGGCCAAGUACGACGGUUCUUCGUCCUCGAGGUAUCAAGAUAAAUCGUACGAUCAAACGUUGAAGAUCGGCGAAUUGGGCUCCUCUUCGUCUGCCGCAUACGCUAGAAAGACUCAGGAUCAAGAGGAGACAAACGCGGAAAAGAUGAACGGAUACAGGAAGAACAAUUUCGAGGCGUACGGCGUUUAUUCGGAUCCCGAGGACGAUCAUGGAUUCUUGGCCGAGAAAAAGACGCCACAGUAUCCGUACAAGGGCGUAGUAGUGAAUGUUAGCGGAGAGUCGAGCGUCAUUGAUCAGAAACGUGGCAAGGAUGGCAGGCAAACGGAAGUCGUUGGGAAUCCUUGGUGCAGACCUACCAUACUGUUACUCCUUUUGGUCCUUCUCGUUGUUAUCUUCGUGUUCGUCGCUGGAAUUCUACUAUAUCUAAACUACAUGUCUUACAAGCCGCAGCGUCCCAUUAUCGAGGGUAAGGAUCUAAAUUUCGCCAGUAACAAUGCCGAACCCUGUGAAAAGACGUACUGUUCUUGGGGUGCGACGUGCGUUGUGUCGGAAAACGGGAAACCUUUGUGCCAGUGUCCAACAGAUUGUCCUUCGACUUCUGAACCUGUCUGCGGCUCCGACAACAUGACCUACACCAACUAUUGCCAUCUACGGAAGACCAGCUGCCUCGAGAGAAAAACUACACGGGUGAAGAAUCAGGGUGCCUGUGAAAUCAAGGACCCGUGUGCGAAACUCAAUUGUACUCAGGGUGCGCAAUGCGUGCGAAGCAGAGACGGAAGCAAAGCUUCCUGUGAAUGCUUGGAAUCCUGUCCGAAUUUAGGGGAUCACGAGGGAUCGAGCCCUGUCUGCGGCACAGAUGGGACCGACUAUCCGUCUCUUUGCGAGUUGAACAAGGCAGCGUGCGCGAAGGGUGUUAAUAUCACGGUGGCAUUUCAAGGCAAAUGCGAUCCUUGCGGCAACGUGGAGUGCGUAGAACCGGAAAUCUGUCAGCUGGACGACUCGAGGCAACCUGGCUGUCGUUGCGGUGAGCAGUGCGGCCUUGAGUUCGCACCAGUUUGCGGAAGCGAUGGUAAAACAUACUCGAAUGAAUGCAGCCUCAGGCAGGAAGCUUGCAGAUCGAGAUUAUCGCUCAGGAAGGUCUACAAUGGCGCAUGCAGCUCAGGAAUCAAUCCGUGCGACGAAGCGAAAUGCGGCCCCUACGAACAGUGUGUGAUCAACCGACAAGGAAUCGCGAGCUGCGAGUGCGGUCCGGAAUGCGAACCUGUGAUGAGACCAGUAUGCGCGCGGGGUGGCAAAACAUAUACAUCGUUGUGCGAGCUGAAGAGACAAGCCUGUUUAACGAAGACUAACAUCGAGGUCGCUUACACGGGAACCUGUGGCUCCAGGGGGCCCUGCUCCGAGAAGAUCUGUCAGUGGGGCGCGAUUUGCGCGGAAACCGGUGGCACAGCGAUUUGCGAAUGUCCAACCUGUCCGGCGGAAUUUCAGCCAGUUUGCGGCGACGAUGGCAUCAGCUACGGAAACGAGUGUAAGCUUCGCCUGGAGGGCUGUAAACAUCGACGAGAGAUCCGCGUGCUUUACCAGGGACUCUGCAAUGGAUGCGAAAAUAAGAAAUGCGACUUCUACGCGGAGUGCGAAAGCGACAGCGCUGGUGAGGCCAAAUGCGUUUGUCCUAGCAAGUGCGAAACCACGACGAAAGAACCCGCACAGGAGAAAAUUUGCGGCUCCAAUGGUAUAACUUACGCCAACGAAUGCUCUUUGAAGAUGGCCUCUUGCACUUCUCAAACUGACAUCGCUAUUAGUUACGUAGGCGACUGUGAGCUUUGCGCAAGAAUAGAGUGCGAUCAUGGAGCUCAUUGCAUGGCUGGCGUCUGUGUGUGUCCUGAAGAGUGUCCUGAGAGUACUGGAGAACCAGUGUGCGGCAGCGAUGCCAAGACAUACCCGUCGGAGUGUGAAUUGCAAAAGGCUGCCUGUGGAAGGGAUCCUAAAUUGCCGGUCUUGCACGUGAUAUUCUACGGCGAUUGCGGUGAACGAUUCGUUGCAGCACUCACCACGAUGUCGACGCCUGCGGUGGUUCGAUUGGCCACCACCGCGGUUGACGUGACCAGCACUCAGGUACGCGAAGCAUGCAAGAACAUUAACUGCGAUUUCGAGGCUACUUGCGAGCUGGGCCCGGACGAUUAUCCCAGGUGCAGCUGCAAAUUCGACUGCGCCUCGAUUUCCCAAGAAAAUAUGCGCCCUGUUUGCGGCAGCGAUCUAAGGACCUAUUCGUCCCUCUGUGCCAUGAAAAUGGAGGCCUGCCAGAGGCAGCAAGAGCUAAGACCUAGACCUCUCGAUCUUUGCCAAGGUAUGGAAGUGAAACCUUGUAACGGUGAUCCUCCAUUGGUGGAUGCCGAUGGGAAAGAGUACGAUUGCGGUAAUGGUCCAGAACGACGAGAUUGCCCGAGUAACAGUUAUUGCCAUCAGACCACGCGACUAGCUCGAUGCUGCAGAAAAGCUCAAGGAACCCAAGUCGUAAAGUGCUCAGACUCCUGGCACGGCUGCUGUCCGGAUGGCAAAACGGCCGCACGCGGGCCCAAUGGCGCAGGUUGUCCGAGUUUAUGCAACUGCAACAGGUUAGGCAGUGUUUCUGACACCUGCAAUCCAGAAACCGGACAAUGCGAAUGCAAACCAGGUGUAGGCGGUCUGAAAUGCGAUAGAUGUAUGCCUGGUUAUUGGGGUUUGCCUAAAAUCAGCGAGGGACAUCAAGGAUGUAUACCAUGCGGCUGCUCGCUCUUUGGUUCCGUUAGAGAAGACUGCGAACAAAUGACAGGUCGCUGCGUUUGCAAACCGGAUAUCCAGGGCCAGAAAUGUACCAUUUGCACCGACCACAACAAGAUAUUAACACCUACAGGGUGCUACUCAGCCGAUACGAUACCGCCGAUCCCGACGUCUUGCAACGAGCUGGAAUGCUAUUCCGGCGGGCAGUGUUCGGAAAUCGGUGGACCGCACUGCGUUUGUCCGUCGUCCUGUCCAUCGGACAUACCGUCCGUGCCGGUUUGCGGUAGUGACGGACAGACAUACGACAACGAGUGUGAGCUCAGGCUGUACGCUUGUCGCCAUCAAGCGGACGUGGUCACACAGGCCUUCGGCCACUGCAGAGACGAUCCCAUGGUGAAUACGGACUUCCCCGUUAAAAGGUAUACAGCAGUGCAAUAUACCCAACCAGCAGCCGCCAUUUCUCCGUUAUCGAAAUCUACCAGGCAUCUGUUGGUGCCGGAACCGGAUCCUCGCUAUUAUUACACCCACAGGGCGCAUCAAGAAACCAUCACGAUCGACAGGGACAAUUUAAAGCACGGAGUGGCGGCGGCGUAUAGACCAACCCCAGCGACAAUUCGCGUGGUCACCGCGUUGCUCGGCGACCUCUGUACCGACGACAAGGAUUGCACUAUUCCUAACAGCGAAUGCUCCAAUGGAGGUUGCAUUUGCUCAGAAGGAUACGCGGAAACCAGCGACAGACAAGAAUGUUUUGCUAAUUACGUGCCUGUUACACCGACCGAAGAAUUUCGUGCCUGCUUGUCGUAUCCGUGUCACGCAACAUCGACGUGCAUCGAUCUGCCGAGCGCAACGUUCGUUUGCAUCUGUCGUCCAAAUUACACCGGUCUAUUAUGCGACGAGGAGAUCAACAAAAGGGAUUACGAGGUGCCGUCGUUCGACGGCAAGAGCUACGUCAGGAUGAACAGAUUGAAGGCUUACCACAAGUUCAGCGUCGAGGUUGAGUUCAAGACGUACGCUGACAACGGGAUUAUACUUUACAACCAACAGAAGAGCGACGGCACCGGGGAUUUCGUCUCGUUAGCCAUCGUCGACGGACACGUACAGUUUCGAUACAAUUUAGGGAAUGGCCCUGUAGUUCUUUCCUCGCCUGAAAGAAUUACUAUGAAAACGUUUCAUCGAGUUGCCGCGAAAAGAUAUCACAAGGACGGCGUUUUAAUUUUCAACGAUGGGGAAGAUGUUGCUGGUCAAAGUCAAGGAAUGUUGAAGUCGCUCGAUCUCAACCAAGAUACGUUCGUCGGGAACAUGCCUACCAAUUAUUCUAAGGUUUACGACAAUAUCGGUACCAACCAUGGGUUCCUCGGUUGCAUACGAAAAUUGAAGAUCAAUCGAAACUUCGUCGACCUUCAUGUGGGCCGCGAUAAAGAGAUCUUGGAAACUUAUCGCGUCAAAGAGUGCGGAGAGAACGCGUGCGCCAAUCUGCCUUGCCAAAACGGCGCAACAUGUCAGCCCAUCUUCGAGGAAGAUCUCUGCAACGGUCGCGAGUGCAGAAGAAUUCAGAAACGAGGGAAAGGUAGAAACAAGAAUGGCAUGAAUAUCGUGAGAUGCAAGGGAUCGCACUGCAUCUCGAUCGAUCAACGCAGAUCGAAGAAAAACGCGAAGAAACGUUGCGCGGCGCCCAAGUGCGAUUACGAUUACGACAUCGAUUACGAGACGAGCUUCGAACAUGGCAAUUACGCAGUGGAGAAAUACGAUCCACCUGAUUAUAGAUGCAUCUGUCCACCUCAGUUUACUGGUAGAAAUUGCGAAGAGUCUUUAGAUCCUUGUAUAGGCGAACCCUGUCAGCAUGGAGCCACCUGUGAUAUUCUUCCUCAAGGUGGUUACGUUUGCAAGUGUCCACCUGGCAGGACUGGAGAACACUGUGAAAUCCUCGACGCUGAGUUAACAGAGCUGUUGAUACCCGAAAUGUCCGGGGACGGUUUCUUGGAACUCCCAUGCUUGGAAGGUGUAGCGAAAGCGUUCUCCAUCGAACUAUGGUUUCUCACGCAUGCCAACGAUGGUUUGCUACUUUACAAUGGCCAGUUGAACAACGGACGUGGUGAUUUCAUUAGUCUGAACUUGGUCCAGGGCAAACUGGAGUUUAGAUUCAAUCUUGGAAGUGGUAUCGCCAAUAUUACCUCUCCAGACCCUGUUACGCUCGACACGUGGCAUUGUGUUCGAAUCAGCAGAUUAGGCAGAGAAGGAGUUCUUCAAUUAGACGACGGAACUGUUGCCAGAGGAUUGUCCGGAAGUCCGUUAACGGAACUGAAUCUCGAAAUGCCUCUUUACGUUGGUGGCGUUAAACAUUGGCGAGAAGUUCAUCGACUCGCUGGAGCCUGGACUGGAUUGGUAGGCGCGGUACAAAGACUGAUGGUGAAUGGAAAAACGUACCAAAAUUUAGCUGUCAACGUUACUCAACAUAACACGGAAAUCUAUGAUGGUCUACCAUGUCCUAACAACGAGAACCCUUGUCACAAUGGUGGAGUAUGUUUACCUCUGUUAAACAGUUAUCUGUGCAAAUGUGCGAACGGUUACAAUGGUCUCCACUGCGAAUUUUUCAUGGGCUACGAUGUAUCCACGGAAUUAUCCGAAAGGCCAGUGCGUUUCAAGGGCGACAAUUUCUUGCAAUUUAAGCACCGAAAUGGAAGAAGUACUAACUCAACUAAUACUACCCUCGGCGAGUACUUUGAGGAGUCCUACUCCGACUACGACUUGGAGGAGGAUGUCGACUACGAUUACGACAGUUACGAUUACACGGAACGCAAGGGUCAACAGUCGAAUAAAUUUGAGCUGAGACUGAGAACAACGCAUCCGGAUGGCUUGAUUGCCUGGGUUGGAAGAGGCAAAAUCGAACAUCUUAUUUUAUCGUUACACGGCGGCCAAGUUCUUCUUACGUACAAGAGCAAGAGCGAGCAGAUAUCUUUGAGGAGCAGGGAACGGGUGGACGAUGGUGUUUUCCACCAUAUCAGGGCAUCGAGAAGACGAAGAACGUCGAUGAUACAGAUCGACGAUUUCACUCCAGUGAAAGUAUCCACAGAGACCACCCUGUUAACGACAAACGGCAAGCUGUUCGUCGGUGGAAAACCCGGCCAUCGAGGCAUCAAAGGCUGCGUGUCAGACUUCGUAGUGGAUAAACGACGUCUUCAGCUGAACAGGCGGAAGAUCGAGUACUGUCACGACAACGAUGUAUGAUAACGAAUCCCGGAAACGACGAUUGUCAACGUGAUAUCGCCUUUGGCCACGCUUGUCGACUUGACGACGCUUUUGUCUUCGACGAGUUAGCAUCUGCCUAAAAACGGACAAAGACGAACGCGAAGGAAAUCGUUGGUGGUGUUCGUUUCUGGGGGAAACGGAAGGAACGAGACACGAGGUCUGAACGAUUCCAAUGAAAACGAAGAAAAAGAAAGCGAGAUGGCGGAAAGGAAGUGGGCUUGUAACCGACAAGGAGACACGUGAUUCCUGCCAAAGCUGUACGAGAGAAUACCAUGAAAAGGGAUCCGCCAAUCGUACUACAACAAUGAUAAAUGGCGGAUCCAAUAACAAUAGCAAGCUAACUCGUAUAUUUAUUUUUCGUUCGGGAUAGUAUAGGGAAACAGAGUCCCGUUUGUCGUUCGUUUGCCACAACGAAUGAUCGGACGGUAAAGAAGAGGUGAAUAGAAGAAGCAUCUCUCGUGUUAAAUGCUGAACGUUCUCAUCUAAGGACAAUAAUAUAUUUUUAAGGUGACGAGAUUAAAUAUACAUAUGAAUAAAUAUAUGUAUGUAUAAAAUUUAACGCGUAUACGUAUAAAUUUGGAGCUAUGGGAAAGAAAUGCUUGUAAAGCAUCGAGUUGAAGUUGAGUGGUAAGAACAAUGGGAUGGGGGGAUUUCCGGGGUCAAAAAUACAGAGACGGGCGUGAAAGGGAUGAAACUCAUCGAUAUUCGUUUAGACGUUACUCUGUAAGUUAAAUAUAUCGAAGCACCUAUAAAUGUUUUACGAUGCCAAGACUGAUUAAUGGGGGAAAGAGAGAACGAAAGAGAAAGAGUCGAGAGAGUUAAAAUAAAUGACAAAAAAAAAAUAGUUAAAACAGAAAAAAAACAGAAAAAACAAAGCGAUAAAUCGGUGUUAUGUUUGAGUGUUUCGGUAGAGAGAUUUAAAUGAUCGUGCAUUAUCAGAAUAUAGAAGAAUGUAUUUUAAAGGACUUGUUGAUUUACGCCAGUAGAGAAAAACGAUAAAAAAGAAAAGAAGAAAAAGAUGAACGAACAAAAUACAUACACACACAUACACACACGCUCGUACACGUAACACAGGUAACAUACAUAAAUAAGAAUUAUACGAACAGAUACGCCGUACAACGUUGUUUCUAGGCAAGCAAAGCUUUUUACAAAUGCGCAAAGGAAUAGAUAUAUAUAUUAUAUUACUAUGAUUAUAUUAUAUAUAUAAAUAUAUAUAUUAUACAUAUGACACUAUAUGCAGAUUACAUUCCAUUUAAUGGACACAGGUACCAUGAUGAAUGUGUAUCGUCGAUCGGUCACGAUCAUCGAUGUAUCGUUACAUUUUGACCCGGUACUAAAGAAUGCAUCGAGCUUGCCUCGAAGACACUCCAUUUCCGUUCGACAAUCUCCAACACACUUGCACGAGAUAGUUUCGCAAUCGAUUCUAAAAUGCUUACGAGCGUGACCACAGGUUUCUUCUUCAUAUACAGGGUUCACGGAAACGUACGGUCUACCGUGAUCGAUUAUAUUGUAAAUGGGCUAGAAUCGAGGAAAAUAGAAGAAUCGAAGACAUGUAUGCAUUAAAUAACCGAGAACGAAGUCGAAUCGUUUCCAUCGAAUUGAGUUUCUUCGACGAAUCGAAAGAAAUUCGAAAAGAAGGUGUCUAGAAUGUGGAAACGAAGAUCCUGAAUUUAUAUUCGAGAUUUACAAUUCUGAUUGAUUCUAUAAAACAUGGAAAACGAUUCGGCGUCUGAAAAUGAUGCGAAAAUAAUAAUAAUAUUAUUAAUUAUAUGGUAAUGUAUCGCUUGUGUGUAAUCGAAUGAUCAACGAGAAGGAGUGUCUGAAUGAAAGCUGACGUAUGAUUGAAGAAAGAAAAGUAGAUACUGUGCCGGGAUAUACUACUUGUAAAUAUGAUUAACAUGUGCUGAUCUACGAGUUGAUUAUCGUUUUACUAUCGUGUACUAAAGCUCGCGUAAGAGUGCGCACCUGCAUAAGUCGGACCUAAGAGAAAAUCGUCAGAACGACCUAAUUAUAAUCGUAAUGAUUCAUCGAAUAAGCCUUUUACGACGAAGUUUUUCUUCCUUUUUGUUUAAAUUUCUUUUCUUCCGUCGCUCGUGGAAACGAAACAAUGUCUGCGUCAACGUGUUCUUCCCCUGCUCGUCAAUCCUGUUAACGAUCGCGACAAAACGUCAAAGACAGCCUAAGUUCUAAUCGUUAAUGGCGACUGCCGAUCUUCGGUCGCAGAAAGAGACGUUAUCGAAGAUUUUUCAACUCGCCUCGUCGAAUAUUUCCAGCGUCGCUCGAUUUAUCGAACGAACAGAAGUUUCAUUUUUUAAUAAGAAAACGAAACGAACUAAUUAGUACGGCUGCCAGAUCGCGAUACUGGACGUCAUUAAUGAAAAAAUAUCGUAACUUUUAAGGUUGUUUUUUGUGCGCACCGAUAAAAUACGUAAUUUAUAGAAUCUAAGCGCCAAACACAAUACAUAUCCUUGACGUGCAUGAGUUCAUAUACAUAUAUUUGUAAAAUCCACCACGUGGAGUCGAUAUUCUUAUCGACAUGUAAAUAAUGACCAUACAUUGUCUGGAAAUGUUCGACGUUAACUAUAUUGUAAGUAACGUAAUUCUAUGAAGGAAACGAGCGUCGAUCGACCAAACUAUUGCGUAAUUAUCCAAAAGAAGCGCGUGAAUAUUUUCGUCACCGCUACUAUGACGAAUCUUCUAAUGGUUUUUAAACGUAUCUUUUCUAUUAUGUUCUUUCGUUCGAAAGAUGCACACUUAUACAAUUUUUAUAAUGUAACGUUUCAAAGCAAUCAUAUCUUUUUCAUAUCUGUCGAUCUAUAAUGGUCGGUGUGCGAAGAAAAUUCUGAAAGGAAAGCGUUCGUUCUCGAAUAAUUAAGCCUUGACUAUAUAAAAAUUGUUCCUCGUUAGAGAAUUCGGAUUGAUCGCGAGCAAUAUUGUCACAUAUCCUCCCUCUUGAAAUGUGAUCCUUUGUAUUCUUCCAAUGAAUAUCGCUG